AUGAACAAAAUCGGAGUUCUUGUCCUGCUGGUGGCGAUGAUUGGCCAGGUGCUGAGCCAGAUUCAAUGUCAGGUGUGCCAAUCGGAUAAUCAAGUGUCCUGCGAAUCGGAGACCACUUAUUCCAUUUGCCUGGGUGAACGGAAAUACGGUCCUUACAGCUGUGAAGCUAACGAGGUUUGCACCAACUCCGCGGAUAUUUGUGUGGACAAGAGUUUAGUUACGGGCAGCAUUAUAAACGUUUGCGGUGACGAUGAAACCGCCUGUCAGACCUGUCUGAACAACAGGAAUUAUGCUUGUGUGAGCAGCACGCAAGCAGCUCGUUGCGUCAACGGUGAACUGUCCACGUCCUUGAUCAUCGAUUGCGCUGAGGAUGAGAUUUGCGUCUCCGAUGCCGAACCCUUUUUCAGCACCGUUUGCGUGCCCAACUGUGCUGCCACCUUUGCACAAUACAACGCCACCUGCAGCAAUGCUGUUUACACGCCACCAACUCAGGCGCCACCCACUACGCCCAGUCCCACUGAGGUGCUGAGCAUUUGCCAAGAGGCAGCCGAGACCAAAACAACCAGAUACUUCUUUGCCUACGCCGAUUCCACUUGCCGCACUUACGUCUACUGCGAGAAGGCUAGUCUGACGAGCACAACCUUCACUCAAACAUUCACCGGAGGCUGCUCGUCACCUACUCCCUAUUUCAACACGGCCACCGGCAGAUGCCAGGCAACCAUUUCGGACAGUUGUCGCACCGAUGCACCAACUACAACUCAGGCACCAACCACAACAACUGUCACUGCAACCUCGACCACCGCAUCCUCAACUUCUGAAGAUACAACUUCAACAACUACCGCAUCCUCAACUUCUGAAGCAACAACUUCAACAACUACUACAACUACAGAUGAGCCUGUUACCGUUACCGAUGAACCUACUGGACAAUAGAAAUUUGAAUCUUUCUAUACCUGCAACAAACUAAACAAAAAUACUUAUAUUAACUGCAAUUAUGUAACAAAAAAAACAAAGGCUAUUCAACUAUUGUUAAAAUACACUUUAUAUAUCAUAAUUAAUAAUAAUCACUUAGCUACAAUUAUAUAGUCCUCCAAAUAUAUAAAUACUGAAACACAAUUCACACAAAAAUAUUGCUUAUAAAUGUAACAAUCAAAUUUGUUUUUGCAACAAUCUCUAUUCGUAAUUGAGACUGUUAAAGAAAUGAAUGUGAUGUGUCGCCAAAGCGAAUGGGUUAGGAAGAGUGUUGAGCAAAUAAAAACAUAAAAAGACAAGAUAAAAACAAUCUAUAUACACAAGAGACGCGACAUGCAUACGUCAUCGUGUCUAAAUCUGUUAUUGAAUAUGAUAUUUCACGUUUUCGCUCUUGCUCUUGGCUGAUUUAUAACGCUGGCAGAUGCGUUGCGCCUCAGCUUCAGCUUAGUUCAACAAGGGGAAAUCGUACUAGACAUUGUCGUUGUUAAACUAUAUAAGUAUGUGAGUGUAUUAAUAUUAUUUUCGUGUAUGCUGUGCAUGGCCACACAUUUGAGACAGAACAACAAAGAUACAUAGUUACAUCCAUACAUAUAUCAUAAGUACUCUGUACAAUAAAAAGUUUUCAUUUAAUGAUUCUUAAUAUUUUAUCGAGACAAAAGCGAAACGCUGCUGUCGCUGGCUGCUGCUGCUGUCGGUUUGGUUGGUUGGGCGAUUGUCGCGGCAAUUAAACAUUAAAUCAAAUGAAUUGCAGAAAA